GGGAGUGUCGCGCGCCGCUCCGGGAGCUGUCCGGUGCUGAAAGGGGGGGCGGGGGGUAGGAUGAGCUCAGCGCUCCGGGGGCCGGUAACGUCAGCAGCUACCGGAACGGGGAGCUCCAGCUCCACACCUACCGACCGCUGGUGAGCGAUGGGCGGCUGAUCGGCUCCCGGGACUCGGCGGAGCGUCUCUCGCGGCGGCACAUCGCGCCCCUCGCCGGGUCUGAGAUGGGAUGAAAUGGGAUUGCUCACGUCCAUGAAGAUCAGAGGGGUUCUGGCUGUCGCUGUCGCACUCCUCUCCCUCACACUACCAGCAGACUCUGCAGAUGUGAAUUGUGAGAACAUCUACAAAGAUUUUUCCGAUUGUGUCCUGGAGCUGGGAGACAGCAUGGACAACUACCAGGAGAACGUGACCAGUGAGAGAGGCGUGGCUGCUGUGUGCAGCCACUGGGAGGCCUUCCACACGUGUGCCCUUACCGCGCUGUCCGACUGUCAGGAGGAAGUCAGCUCCAUCUGGGAGACUCUGAGGCAGGACUCCAGGAAGAUCCGCUUCCAGGGAAGUCUGUUUGACCUAUGCAGCCCGAGCUCCUCGCCCGACAUACGCUGGUGUCUGACUGCCCUGAUCAUGCCACUGAUGCUGGCCAUGACUGGGCAUGACUUGUAUAAAUAGAACAGAGCUGUUCUGAUGACGAGAAUAAUUUAUAUCCACAAAUUUAAGCCAAGGAUCCAAGAGACAAAUAGCUAAAAGGGUUGUUAAAAAGCCACAGAUGUCACUGGAAAGACAAUCAGUUUUUGUUUGAAUGGAUCAUGUAUUUUAAUUUUGUUUUUCCUUGUGUCUUGUGAAGGAAACUCCAUCCGAUAAGAUGAAGCAGAUUGAAGUCCUUUGGGUGUUUUUAGGUGGUGUUUGAUCAAAGCACAGCAGCUCAGUCUGCAUUUAGGAGUGAAUCAAAUCUGUAAAGUUGUAUUAUACAUAUAUGCUCAUGGUAUUUCUCCACUAUGUAUUAAUGCAUUGUUUAAAAGUGUGCUGAUUGUUAAAGGAGCACUUUGACUUUUUUAGUAAUUGAUGCUACUUUCAGUAAAAGCUGACUAUAAUGGCUCCUAACGAAAAACCUUAUUGUCAUAUUCAAUAGAUUUUACUAUUUUGUAAACAUUUAAAUAUUUGUAAUUAGUUGUGUUUUGAAAAUUUUUCAUCCAGAUUUGGUCUUAACGGAACCCUCUUCCCCAUGCUGUUUUUCUCUGUCUUUAAACGGCAAAAAAGUAAAAAGAAAAAAAAGAGAGAGAAGAAAAUGAAACCAAUGGUCGAAAAGGGGAGAAGAAAGGGAAAAAAGGACGAAACAUAGAGGAUAAUAUCACUAGAGAUGACAUGCAGGCUUUUUACUAUUGUUCAAGAUACAUAAAGAGCGACGCCAUAUUGGGAUGGUAUAAAA